UAAAUCUUAAAAUAAAGUGUAAUAAUUUGAAAUAAGUAUGUCUGUAUUGAUAUUUUUUAUGUUUAUAUCUUUACGUUUUUUCAAUUGUUACGGGGAUUAUGUAUCUGCUGAAAAUAUUAAUGUAUUUCUAUUUGGUUCAGAAAAAUUCGAAUUUGUAGAUUUGAGCUAUGGUUUUCAGGUUAAUUAUUUAGAUUGCAAAAUAUCUGAAAUAGACGGAUAUUCAAACAUUUGUGUAAAUGAUCGUCUCGGUACUGAAAUAGAUGCGAAUUAUAAUAAUGCCAAUGUGUUUGGAAAACAACAAAUUGUUGGUAAUAUUCCCUUGAAAAAUCUCAUCGUACCAUUGAUCAUUGCAGACGUCAGCGAUAAAGUAAAUGGGAAUGAAAAUUUUGUGUUGUAUAAGGAACAUCUUGACUAUUUUUUGAACAAUUAUUUUGGUGCCAUCCAUCAGCCAUGUUUAAUGAUAUUCAAGUUUGGUUGGUCAAAGUACUUUAAUGAUCGUCGAAAGUACUGUGGUUCAGAUAGUAACAACAGUACAUGGAAAUACCCUGGUCUAAGUGAAGAAGUAGCACAGUGGAUAAUUACUUCAUACAAGAAUAUAGUCGGUGUAGGUGUGGAUUUGCCUACAUUGGACCCUGGCUCCUCUAAUAUGAUGCCGGCUAUGAAAACUUUAAUAAAUGCGGGAAUAUACACCUUGAAAAAUGUUAAAUUGGAUCAAUAUUUACCUGAGGCAUCGUGUACAGCGUUAGUGACGCCACCGAGAAUGGAUAAUGCAGGCAGUUCACCUCUCCGUCUCAUAGCUAUUUGCCCUAAGUCUCGGAUGCAAAAGCCUCAAAUUCUUUUACACCAUCUCUAGACUAAUACUGCACGAUAAUAUAAUUAUACUGUUGCUAAUUAAUAUUUAGUUAGACAAACAUUGUAUGUACUUACCUAUAUAGUCAGUUAAUUUUGUCACAUUAGUAAUGGUGUAAUGAAAACUUAGCUAUAUAAAGUGGUUUUCAAAAUAAAUUUAUAUUCUAUUUAUGCCAUCGCUGUAUUGCCUGUUACUCAUUUACUCUCUGCAUGCUCAUAUAUGUAUUUAGAUUAUAAAUAAAAAAUUACAAAAUACAAUUAGUAGAUACUCAGUU